CCGGCGGCAGCGAACGGCGGCGGCCGCAGCGGCCGGACCGGGGCGGCGGGAGCGGCACCGGCCACCGCACCGGCCGUACCGGGAGCCGCACCGAGCGCCGGGAGCGGCCCCGGGGCCCGGCCCCCCCUCCCCGGCGGCCCCAUGAAGGAGCCCGACGCCAUCAAACUCUUCGUGGGGCAGAUCCCGCGGCACCUGGAGGAGAAGGACCUGAAGCCCAUCUUCGAGCAGUUCGGCAAGAUCUACGAGCUCACCGUCAUCAAGGACAAGUACACCGGCAUGCACAAAGGAUGCGCCUUCCUGACGUACUGCGCCCGCGAGUCGGCCCUGAAGGCGCAGAGCGCCCUGCACGAGCAGAAAACCCUGCCGGGGAUGAACCGGCCCAUCCAGGUGAAGCCGGCGGAUAGUGAGAGCCGAGGAGAGGACCGCAAGCUCUUCGUGGGGAUGCUGAGCAAGCAGCAGGCGGACGAGGACGUGCGCAAGAUGUUCGAGCCCUUCGGCACCAUCGACGAGUGCACGGUGCUGCGGGGGCCCGAUGGCACCAGCAAAGGCUGCGCCUUCGUCAAGUUCCAGAGCCACGCGGAGGCCCAGGCCGCCAUUGCCGCCCUCCACGGGAGCCGCACCCUGCCGGGUGCCUCCUCCAGCCUGGUGGUGAAGUUUGCGGACACGGAGAAGGAGCGGGGCCUGCGGCGGAUGCAGCAGGUCGCCAGCCAGCUGGGCAUGUUCAGCCCCAUCGCCCUCCAGUUCGGGGCCUACAGCGCCUACACGCAGGCGCUGAUGCAGCAGCAGGCGGCCCUGGUGGCCGCCCACUCGGCCUACCUCAGCCCCAUGGCCACCAUGGCCGUCCAGAUGCAGCACAUGGGCACGGUCAACCCCAACGGGCUCAUCGCCACCCCCCUGCCCCCCUCCUCAGGAACCAGCACGCCGCCGGCCAUGGCCGCCACGCCGGUGCCCGCCAUCGCGGCCCCGCUGAGCGUCAACGGCUACAGCCCGGUGCCGGCGCAGCCCGCGGGACCCCCCGCCCCCGAGGCCGUCUAUGCCGGCGGGGUCCCCCCCUUCCCAGCCCAGAGCCCCGCCGCCCCCGGGGACCCCCUGCAGCAAGCCUACGCCGGCAUGCAGCACUACACAGCCGCCUACCCGGCAGCCUACGGGCUGGUGAGCCCGGCCUUCGCCCCCCCGGGGCCCCUGCUCGCCCCCCCGCCCCCCCCGCAGCAGCAGCAGCGUGAAGGCCCCGAGGGCUGUAACAUCUUCAUCUACCACCUGCCCCAGGAGUUCGCCGACACCGAGAUCCUCCAGAUGUUCCUGCCCUUCGGCAACGUCAUCUCCGCCAAGGUCUUUGUGGACCGCGCCACCAACCAGAGCAAGUGCUUCGGCUUCGUGAGCUUUGACAACCCAGCCAGCGCCCAGGCGGCCAUCCAGGCCAUGAACGGCUUCCAGAUCGGCAUGAAGCGCCUCAAGGUGCAGCUCAAGAGGCCCAAAGAUGCCAACCGGCCCUACUGAGCCCGGUCCGGAGGCUCCGGAGCAGCACCCUUGGGUGCCCCCCCAUUGCAGAGCAGCCCCCGCCCCAGCGGUGCCCAGAGGGGGCUCGGUCCUGCUGGGGGGGGGGACGGGGACGACACAGACCCCCACGUGCUCAGGAAGGAUG